AUGGACUUCUUGAAGGCGUACACGGCAAUCAGCACGUUAUCCAUUCUGGCAGUGGACGAUAGAACCGAGUUAUGCGUAGACUUCUACGCAUUUAAGGUAGAGAACAACAACGCCGUCGCUUCGAAGUACGUCCGAUGCCCGGGCAAUUCCACCGUCGUGGCUGAUUUUGCGUAAGUUGUAUUGAUCAUUUGUUUUUCUUGAGUACCUUCUUUGUUAGUUGAGUACGUUUCUGUUUACCGCAGUAUAGUUUUGGCAGGUCAAAGUUUGUUUUUUUAAAUACUUUUGUCUCAUUUUCCCUUUUGAGCGCAGAGCAUAAGCGGUUCAAUAGCAGCGAGCGAGUGAGCUCGACUUUGACUCGGAAGCUUAAGGGAUCGGUUCCCGUCGGCUUCCAAAGGCUAAAAAACACCUCAAAAUGUUUUUUUAUUUUUUUUCUAUUUUAAAUUUUCUAUUUUUGUUAAUAAAUACAGUCUUAAAACUAAACAUAAUUAACAUUUUGAACAUAAGAAAAAAGAAUAUAACACAAUUUAAACUUAAAUAAUUGAUAAAAAAGAAAAUUUCAACAAUAGUUGUUCAUAACAUUUGUAUUAUUUCACUGUCACCGUUAUGGGGGACAUUAAUGAUGUGUACUUCACCAUUUCUUGUACGUCACUAUCCCAAAAUUCGUUCAUAUUUUCAUAAUUUUCUGGCAAUAAGAUAUCAGAAUCUCUCAACAUUAACAAUUUACUGUACAGAAUUUGGAAAGAGGUCUUUUUGCUUCUAGUAGCUUUAGAAAUAUCAGUAGCUGACGUCAACUCUACCACCAAUAAUAUUAAUGUCCACCAUAACGGUGAAAGUGAAAUAAUACAAAUGUUAUGAACAACUAUUGUUGAAAUUUUCUUUUUUUUAUCAAUUAUUUAGGUUUAAAUUUUGUUAUUAGUGAGUAUCUUCUUUGAUGGUUGAGUACGUAUAUGUUUGACUCAGUAAAGUUUUUUGUUAGUGAAUCGGAUUUUUUUAGCAAGUACAAGCUGGAUUCAACAAUCAAGUAUACGAAGCAUAUGAUUGUGCCUCAAAGUACUAACGUUGACACAGUCCUCCACGUUGGGGAGUACGAGGGGCGGUAAGUAUAGUUGCGUGAAUAAUUUUCAAAAUUUAUAUUUUUGCUAUAAAAAUAAUUAAUUUUCUUAUUUUAGGCCCCCACAAGUAGGAUUUUGGUUGGCACCUAACGGACGUGACCCAAAGUUUUUGACUGCCAAGGCAAAACGGGAUGACUUAGUUCAAAUCAGUUCAUCUUCGGGUUACGUGUUCGGCCAGGGGUGCACUUAUCUGGGUUCUUUUUAUUUUCCAAUUAAGAAUCCUAAUUCACUUAAAUUGACGAAUUUCGACUCUCCGAAGAUUUGCGGUAUGACAUUCGGCCACACUUCAGAAGGUCUGAUUUGGGAAGCACAGGGCCAAUGUCUGAAGCUGGUUGUUGAAGGAAAACUUCCUAGUAUGAAGGCAGAGCCCUGCCCGACGGUGGACAAAGUUAUGUUUACCAUGGUAAGAUUUAUAUUUUUUCAAAUUUAAAAAUUAUUUUUGUUUUUUGAACCUCUACAGUAAGAUAGAUACAAGGUGGAGUUAUAUUCUGGGUAGAAAUUGAAAAAUUUAGAAUUUUAGACGGCUUUGAAGAACCGCGACUCCUCGACUCAAGGCGACCUCACUGACGCUCAACUCGACACAACCUUGGCACUCUUGUAUCUAAAGUAAGUUGACGGUUACUGUAACUUCAUCUAUUGAUCUUGGCUUUUCGAAAUUUACAUAAGACCUUAUCUUACUUUAUGUUGGGCUUAUGUUUUGUAAUUGUUGUACGAAAUUUGAUAAAAUGGAAAUGGUUUAGCUGGAAUUUAAUAUUUUUCCAAUUUUAGAGAGAAACCACUGACUACAACUACUGAACUAGUGGAGGAAACGACUAUUACAGAAGUCAAUGCUACUACCCAAGUGGUUGACAUUGUUACCGAGUCCGAGUGAGUUUAGUAUGAGGUUCUGGAAAAUUUUUGAGGCUAAUGAAGAAUUGUUUUUAGUUAUACGUUAAUGUGAAGUUAUUUACAAUUUUUAAACUUAAGUUACAAAAACUAUACCUAGAGUUUCUAAACUUAAGCACAGUUUUACCGGGAAAGGGAAAUCUCGGGGAAUGCGUUUUCGGGGAGUCCAUUUUCGGGGAGGAAGUUUCGGGGAAUAGUAUUUUCGGGGAAUGUAAGUUCGGGGAAUAUGUUUUCGGGGAAUAAUAUUUUCGGGGAAAAAUUUUAAAAAAAUUUAUUUUUAUGUAAAGUCCUAAAAAAGUUUUCACACUUUUUAAAAUUUAUAUCUCAAAAACUAAACCUAGAGUUUCUAAACUCAUUUUUAAGCACAGUUUUACCACACCUUAUUUCAGCAGUUCACUUCCCCUUUGGCAAAUCGGUUUGAUUAUUGGUAUUGUUCUCGCAGUGCUGCUUCUUGUCCUAGCUGGAGUCUACUGCUACUUCAGGAAGAAGGGCAAGAAAACUAGGCCAGGAUCGGGAACGCCAAGCGAGACAUCAGUUACUGGGACGCCCAACUCUAAAGGCAAGGUACCGAAGAAGCGAAGAAAGACCAAGUCCAAGUCUUCUAAUUCCAAUCCGAAUUCCAAGCUUUCCGAUUCCAAAGUCUCCGAUUCCAAGACUUCCAAUUCCAAGCUCUCCAGGUCCAAGAAGUCGAUAAAGGCUGGCGCUUCCAACAACGUGGCUCCGGCCAAUACCGGUACUGAUGGAAAAGGAACGAAUGGCACAGGAGCUCCAGCAGGCGCCAACGCCCAAGGAAGAGGUCCCAGACAAGUGGAACACUCCUUGAAUGAUGGCGAAAUUCGUCACCAUGGCAACUUUGCUCAGGUCCAAAGAAUAGGAGAAGACUAUCAUAUCGAGCUGAAAAACAUUGCCAAGAGCGAACACCCUGAUUCAGACAUAAGAAAUGGGAGGAGUCUAGCUGAAUCCGACACACAAAGUGAUUCCCAAAACGAAGCCCCGGCGAAAAAAUGA